GAGUGUGUGUCGUCAUAAUUUAUAACGCCUUUGAUAACUUUGAACACGCACAGAGACACAGCCACAAGCCAUUGAAAUGAAUCUGCUGCAUCAGGUGUUGCGUAGCAGAAACUGCAGCAGCACCGUCUCUCUUCUUACCCACAAUUCCUCCUCCUCUUUCAAUCCCACCACCACAUCUUCAAAUCUCCCAUUUGGGUCAUCGUCAGCCCUCCAGUUCAAUCAACAGCGACCACUUUCACUGCCCCACAAGUUCAAACACACCACUUUCACUGCCAAAGGGGCGGCCCUCCAAACCAUCGCAGCUUACUCCGGAGGAGACAGAGAAAUGGCCCCCGAGUCUCCGGCCAAAGAGCUCCGCCGGAUUCUGGAGUUGCCGGGGGUUGUCCAGGCCCCUGCUUGCUUUGAUGCUCUGAGUGCCAAGCUUGUGGAAAGAGCUGGCUUUCAGUGCUGCUUCACUAGUGGAUUUUCAAUAUCAGCUGCUAGAUUAGCGUUGCCAGAUACAGGUUUUAUAUCCUAUGGAGAAAUGGUGGAUCAGGGGCAACAAAUUACCCAAGCUGUGUCAAUUCCUGUUAUUGGUGACGGUGAUAAUGGAUAUGGGAAUGCAAUGAAUGUGAAGAGAACUGUCAAGGGAUACAUUAAAGCUGGUUUUGCUGGGAUUUUGCUUGAAGAUCAGGUCUCUCCAAAAGCUUGUGGUCAUACGCAAGGAAGGAAAGUGGUGUCAAGAGAGGAGGCUGUAAUGCGGAUAAGAGCAGCUGUUGAUGCUCGGAAAGAGAGCAGCUCUGACAUUGUCAUUGUAGCAAGAACUGAUUCUCGUCAAGCAGUGUCUUUGGAUGAAGCACUCUGGAGGUCAAGGGCAUUUGCUGAUGCUGGUGCAGAUGUUCUUUUCAUUGACGCACUUGCUUCUAAAGAAGAGAUGAAGGCUUUCUGUGGGAUAUCUCCCUUAGUUCCAAAAAUGGCUAAUAUGCUUGAAGGAGGAGGCAAAACGCCAAUACUCAAUCCACUUGAACUUGAGGAUGUUGGGUAUAAAAUUGUGGCUUAUCCGCUUUCCUUGAUUGGGGUAUCUAUUCAAGCAAUGCAGGUAGCACUGGCUGGUCUCAAAGGAGGCCGCAUCCCUCCUCCUGGAAGCAUGCCAUCCUUCGAAGAGCUUAAGGAGAUUCUAGGUUUCAACAGUUAUUAUGAAGAAGAAAAACAGUAUUCUACCAGCAGCAGUCAGCUAUCUCCAGAAAGAUUGACCAGUAGUGUAUACAGUCUCCAAAGGACUGCUAGAGAUGGUGGAGAGCAGAAAGAUCAGAAUCCUCAAGAUCCCGUUGUUGAAGUUAUAACACCUGACGUGUACAAUAACUAUGAUGCAGAUGGUUCCAGGGGUCCAUUUUCUGGGAUCUGGUCUCGGACGUUGAGGGUCAAAAUAACUGGAAGGGAUGGCUUUGAGAGACUUGAUGUUCGGAUUCCUGCUGGAUUCUUGGAUGGAAUCACAAAUAUAGUUCCAGCUCUCGGGGGUGUGAACAUCAAACAACUGCUAAACGAGGCAACUGAUGAAAUGGGAGGGAAGCUGCUGCUAGAUUUUAAUGACACAAUUGGUGAUAGGAUUCAAGUUUUUCUAGAGUGAAUCCAAGAAGUAGAAGUCUUACAAGCAUAAUGCUAAAAGGGGUAAGGCCAACAAAAACUGAAACUCGGCCAAAGAAAUCGGCGGUGAUGUACAAAGUUUGAUCAAUUUAAUAGGACGAAUGGUUUCUUUUCGAUAGAUUGUAAAUUAAAGUUACGAUAUGAUUACUUUUGAUAUGUUGUGCGCAUUUCUUCUACCUUUUAGUACAAACAAAUACAAUUUGGGGUUUGGACUCCGUUUUUCAGAGUCGAUUGAUAAUGGCUUUGUUUACAAACUGA